CUUCAGUUGCUAACAAUAUGGCGGCUCCCUGCAGGCACGUAGGACACUAUAUUCAGAGAAACAGUGGAUUUCUGCGGAUUAAUGUCGACCAGCUGUUUGCUGGAAGGAGUUUCAGUCUGAUUGCGGCUCUUCGACAACAAGCAGCUGAGGUUCCUAAAGAGUCCAAAGAGGCGAUAGUUAUCCCCAGGAAGAAAUCAUGGAACAGAGAAGCAGUCCUGGAGGCUCUGGCUUCCACCGUCCACAGAGAUCCAACAGCGUAUCCCUACCAGUUCCAGGACGACUCGUACCUCUCACCCAGGACGUCUGCUGAGUUCAAGCUCUUCUCCCUCUCCCAGGAGUCUGGCAGAGCUGCAGCUAAAUACUUCGUCAACAACAACCCCAAGUUCUUCACCAAAGACUUUGCUGAACCACAUAUUCCAUGCUUGAUGCCGGAGAGCGUGGCGCUGCGUCUGGAGGAGGUGAGCGAGGCGGCGCUGAGGGAGCGGAUCAGCCUGAGGAAGGUCUCUGCUGCCGUGGAGAUGUACGACCAGCUGCUGCAGUCUGGCACACCUGUCUCCAUGGAAACGACCCAUGAGAUGCUGGACCUCAUCUGCGUGUACUGCGACAGGGACCCCGUCCAGGAGGGCGCCCCGAUUCUGGAGGAUGGACAGGAGGGGGGAGACGACACAAAGAGGCGUAAAGUCAGAGGGCGGCGAGGAACGGACCUGAAGUUCUCCUGGAAGGAAAACAACAAUGCAGAACGGAUCUUCCAGCAGCUGCCAGAGAGAGACUCGAGGUGUUACUCUGCUCUGAUCAGAGGCAUGGUGAAGCACGGAGUGUUUUCAAAGGCCUUCAACAUGUACACGGAGCUGCUCAACCACAGGCUGACGGCUGAUGUCCACGUCUUCAACGCGCUGAUCUCAGCAGCUCCAGAUGUCAGAGAGAAAUUUAGCGAGCGGUGGGACCUGAUCACUGAGCUGCUGAACCAGAUGAGCCAACAGAAAGUUCGCCCCAACCUGCUGACCUUCAAUAGCGUUCUGAAAGCUCUGAGGCGCUGCGGCUUUCUGGCCAAAAGCUUGGCUCCUCAGACGCUGAAUGAGAUGAAGGCCCUGGGGAUCGCUCCGAGCCUGGCCACCUACGACCAUGUCCUGGCCGUUUUCUACAAGUCAGCCUCCUCUGGGCCGAACAACACGGACAUCCUGCAGGACAUCCUGACAGAGCUGGAAGGAACCCGCUUCACCUGCCAGGACCCCGAUGAUGUUUUCUUCUUCUCCAGUGCCAUGAGAAUAUGUCUGGACAGUAAAGAUCUGGAGCUGGGCUACAAAGUCCACCAACUGGUAGAAGUGGGCGAGAACUGGAGGCUGCUGGGAGACUCCUACCAACAGAGCAUUUAUUACGGCCGCUUCUUCAACCUGCUGUGCAUGAUGGAGCACGUGGACGUGGUGCUGAGGUGGUACGCCCGGAUCAUCCCCUCGUUGUACUACCCCAACCCUCAGGGGAUGCGGGACCUGCUCCAGGCUCUGGACACAGACAGCCGCCUGGACCUGCUGCCCGCCAUAUGGAAAGAUAUAAAGACUCUUGGUCACGAUAACAAGGUGGACCUGGUGGGGGAGCUGCUGAGUCUCAUGGCCCGAGACGAGCACAGCGCUGAGGUCCAGGAGUCUUUCGCUCAGUGCGCUCUGGAUGUGAAGAGUGCGUUCGAUGGCAGGUCCAGCAUGGAGUGGACCACGCCCUCGCUGUCACACAUCACCACCCUGAUGCUGCGAGCCAACAAGCUGCAACAGGCCUGGGAGAUGCUGCAGCUCUUCAAGGCCCAGAACCGAGUUCCUUCCGAGGCCCUGAUGAACAGCUUCCUGUCGGCGUGUCAAAGCAGCGGUGCUCCUCACAGAGCCGUGGAGCUGGUCCAGCUGUCCGCAGCCUUCUGUCUGCCAGCCACACCAGGACUGGCAAAGCGAGCGCUGGCCGAGUUGGAGCUGACCGAGGAGCAGAGAUCCAUUUUGUCUGAAUUUGAAGCUGCAGCGGAGGAAGAGCAAUGAAUAAAAGACGAUAUCGAUAUCAGUCUGAUCUAAAAGCCUCUGCAGCUGUUAGAUGGAAAACUUGUCUGUUCAAUAAACCAAUGGAAUAACAGCCUGA